AAACCGUUUCGUUUUUCUAGUUAUUAUUAUUAUUAAUAAUAAUUUUACUCUAAGGACUGCGGUGGUGAAAACGCUAAUAUGUGGAUUUUUAACUCUGAAGUGCGGCUCUGCAUAACCUACAGCUGGUUUCUUCUGGCACAAUGAGACGGAUUUAACACCUGAAAGUUAAUGAUGUGAAUAUUCUGACACGUUUUUAACGAUGAUUGAGACCGGUACGCCGACGAUGUUGGACAGAGCAGAACCAGCACACUGCACUGUGUGCUGCUGCACCCUGGCCAACAAAAUCCUCAUGGUGCUGUUCAUGGUGCUGCUGAUAUUCGCCAUCCUCUUUGGGAACCUAGUGACUCUGGCUGUGGUGGUGGGGACCAAGCACUUCCACACUUCGCAGGGCUACCUAAAGGCAUCUCUUGCGGUUGCGGAUCUGGCUGUGGGGAUAUUUGUGGUCCCUCUGUCUGUCUAUGCUGAGGUCUAUCUCAUGGUGGCUGAGUCAGCACCAGAGUGGACUUUGUACAACUCGCAAUCUGUGAGUUUUCACCCUUGUAACAUUAUUGGCCCCAUCUUCGCAGGAUGCACCUUCGUCUCCAUCACCACUAUCUUUCUUUUAACGAUUGAGCGGAGCAUCGCAGUGCUGAGACCACUGCACAAGGACUCCUUUAUUACCCGUAAAAGGACGACAGUCCUCAUCUUCCUCUCCUGGGUGGGGAGUUUCCUCCUGGCCGUGUCUCCGAUGGUAUUCAGCAGUGAGAUCGCCCUGGAGUACAACUCCUGCAGCAGGAUGUGUAAUUACGCUUUGGGGACAAUUGGUGAGUUCCCUAGCCAGGCCUGGAACAUCCUCCUCCUCUUUCCUGCGUUUGACUUCACGCUCCUUGGUAGCACAGUCGUCAUCAACAUCAUCUCUCUGUCCAGCAUCAGGCAGCACUCAAAGCACAGGAAAACCCUGGCAGAGACGGAGAUCCAAACCACCAGUAAUCCCACUUUUUCUGACAUUAAAGCAGCGAAGACAAUCGGGACUCUGACAGUGGCAUUCACAGCAUCAUUCACCCCCAUCGCCGUCUUUGUGGUUGGGAACGUUUUGGGGAACAUAUGGUGCAACUUUUCCUUUUUUGCCUUUUGGAUUUUGGCGACCAACAGUUGCUGGAAUGUCAUUAUUUACAGCGUGAGGGAUCAGAAGUUCAGACUUCGUGCACACAAACUUUUCAUGCCUUCCCAAAGACAAAACUCAACAAAAAGCUGAAUCUUUAAUGAGAAGUUUGGUCAGGUUCUUGUCUCUUAGAGGUGUAUGUGUCCCACAGACCAUUGGUCCAUCUCAUUAUUAUAGACUCCUUUUUUUUUUACCAU